GUCUUCAGGAGCUAUGUAACAUUGCUUUUUACAACUAUAUACAUAUUCGCUAAUCGUUCCUUAGCAUCUUCCUUCGGACCACUUGUGUGCCUGCAACCUCUCUGCACGCAAUGAUACGGCCAGCUAUGUCAACAAGCUAAUGUUUUGGGUCGUUAAUGCUGAACAUAAGUAGUAUCGCGUCAGUCUAGAGGGCUUCGCCUUGACAGCAAAUCCCUAGUCACCAUGGAGUUUGCAGAAGCGUCCGACGACUUUAUGGCCAUGGACGCGCCAACUGCUGCGCCAGCAGACGAACAUAGCGUGUUGGAGGCAGCAGCACGCUUAGAGGCCUUCCUGAAAGGCCAAGGCUAUCUGCCAAUGGGAGGAAAGCUUACUAUUCUGAAUGCUGGUGUGGAGGCUGCUUCCCACUUGGUUGACUUGCUGUUUCGGCUGGCUAGCCAACAGCAGCAGGAUGACCGAGCCCGUGAGAUGAUGCGAGACCAGGCUGAUAAGGACCGAGUGGCUCUUGCGGCCGCCCAGAAGCGGAUUGAAAGCCUGGAGGAUGCCAACAAGCGGCUAUCAGCACAAGUCAAGGAGCUGGACGGAAAGCUGCUAGCAUCAAAGCAUAAGGCUGAAGAGCAGGAACGGGAGCUAAAGCAGAAGCUCCAGUCCACUACCAACCGGCUAAACGGCUACCUGUACGGCGGCAGGGACGCUGGUAAGCGCAACGCGGCCCCCGGGGGCGGCAGCUCGGGAGCCACAGGGGCUGGGGGCGCACGCAGGUCCGCGCCCGCCUUCGACAGGUUCCGUGAUGACCCCAUGGAGGCCACAGCGGCAACGCAGAAGCUGGAAGCAGAGCUUGCGCAGCUCAAGCAGGUGAACAUGCGGCUUAAGAAGGAGCUGGCGGCUGCGCGCGUGCAGCCGGGAUCUGGGUCGGGCUCGGGGAUGGGCGGCCGCGGCUCUGGAGGCUCGCCACUGCGUGACGGGCGCCGUGAGGACCAGCGGCGGAUGGAGGCGGGCCUGUACGGCGACGACAGCCAUGCAGACCUGGACAUGCAGUCGGUCCGCCAUGCGCUGAUGGCGGAGGCGCGACGCAGCGUGGACUCCGCAUCCGCCCGCUUCGCAGCUGGUUUGCGCCCGGCUUCCCCAGAUGGCGAGGUUGCUCGGCUGCAGCGGCUCGUCCGAGACUUGCAGGCGAACGUGGAGCAUCUGCACCGCAGCAAGCAGGACCUGGAGCGCCAGCUCAGCCGCACAGUGACCGAGAAGUCAGAAAUGCACAAGACGCUCCACACGCUGCGGAGCAAAUGCGCGAGCCUCGAGGUGGAGCGCCGAAACGCCGAAGACCGCUUCCUCCGUGCGCAGCGCGCCAACGCAUCCCUCCUCGACCCCGCCGCCUCUGAGGCCCAGCUGCUGGAGCUCCGUGACAAGCUGGCGGUGACGGAGCGGGAGCUGCAGGAGGCCAAGGAACGGGCGGAGGGGCUGCAGCGGCAGCUGGCGUCCGCCGAGGCGGAUGUGGAGUCCAACCAACGCCACGUUGAGGUGCUGAAGCGCGCCAUUCGGGUGCUGCCCAAGGGGCAAGCAGCGCUCGAGGAGAUCCAGAGGCUGGUGGAGGAGGAGCUGCGGCCGCUGCAGGACAGAUUGCGUGAGGCGGUUGCAGAGCUGGCGGAGGCACGGGCACAGCGCGAAAUGGAGGCAGCCUGUGCCAGUGCUAGAACCGCUGAAACGGGGUCGGAGGCGGAGGCUGUGCUGUCAGCAAGGGACACGGCCGACCUCGGAGGCAGCGAACGCGGGUCGCCACUCAAGAACCUGCCCCUAUCUCCAACGAUUCCUCUACCUGCGUCGCCGGGCUUUGACGGCUUCGCACCCGCUCCGGCAUCCCUAACUGACAGCCCACCACCUCUGCAGCCGCUGCCCGCACACGGUGCCUACAAUCGCGGAUUUGCGGUGUCCUUCCCUAGCACGAACUCCGAGCUCAGGUCGGUGUGCUCGC